AUGAUAAAAGAGAAUCACACAGCACUAUCUGACUUCAUUCUCCUUGGAUAUUCUGAAUUUCCUGUUCUACAGGUUCUGCUCUUUAUGGUGUUCCUUUUCAUCUAUGUGGGCAUCAUAUUAGGAAAUGGACUUACAAUUUAUGUUACCUUGACUGAUGCUGCUCUAGAUAGCCCAAUGUAUUUCUUUCUGAGGAAGCUAUCCUUUCUGGAGAUCUUCUACACCUCAAUCACCCUCCCAAAGAUGCUGGUUAACUUUCUGGCAGAAAACAAGAACAUCUCCUUUGUUGGCUGUGCUGUCCAAAUGUAUGCUAUGUAUGUACUAGCAAGCACAGAGUGCUUCCUUCUGGCUGCAAUGGCCUAUGAUCGAUAUGUGGCCAUAUGUCACCCCUUACAUUAUAAACUUAUAAUGAGCAGGAAGGUCUGUUUAAGACUUGUUACUGGGCCAUUGACUCUUAGCAUGCUUGUGCACAUGGGGCAAACAUACCUGCUGUUUACACUGCCUUUUUGUGGCUCUCGUGAAAUUGACCAUUUCUUCUGUGAUUUGAGUCCAGUGCUGGAGUUGGCUUGCGCUGACAUUUUUGUGAAUGAAGUUUAUUUGUUUGCAGCUUCCAUAGUUAUCCUAAUCCUCCCAUUUUUCCUUAUUGUUGCGUCUUACAUAAAGAUCAUCUCCACCAUUCUGAAGAUGCCUUCAGUAGAAGGUCAGAAGAAAAUGUUUGCUACUUGCUCCUCACACAUCAUCAUGGUAUCUUUAUUCUAUGGCUCAGCAAUUAUUGCCCAUCUGACUCCCAGAUCGAAAGAGACAAAAGAUAUCAACAAAUGGCUUUCUUUGUUCUAUGCCAUUUUAGUCCCAAUGUUUAACCCGCUUGUAUAUACCUUGAGAAACAGAGACGUGAAGAACUGCAUGAAGAAACUGUUUCAUAGAAAACUUUGA